CUAUCCUCUAUGUAAUCAGCCAGGCGAGCGGAGUUAAUAUCGCCUCAGUGUUAGAUAAUGUCUUAACAAGAAUACAGCCGCGUGUCUACAAGUGAAAGAUCUGCAGUGUCUGAAUCGAUCAGUGCGAGAAAAGUGUGUACCACAGAAUACUAUGUGAAAGCAAAGAUUUCUGUGAUGGAUUUUUACUGAGCACUUCGAGAGCAUUUAACAAAAAUAAUUGAAUUAUUAUAAUUUUUUGUGUUUCAUGUAACGGAAUAUUUCCAGAAGAAAGAUCAUUAACGUUCUCCGGCUUAGAAAAAGAUUGUCUCGCGCUCUCUUCGCAAUGAUCGAUUCAAUCUCACAUAGAUAUAUUUUUGAUUAACGAUCCGCGAACGGGGAGAUUAAUGAUCCGAAGUUGACCGUACGCGUGCCCUAGACACACGAUGAAGAUUACGGUGACGUCGUUGGCCGUGAUCGCCUGUUUGCUCGUUGCGGUCGAUGGAGCCAGGAUACUGGCGAUAUUUCCCUUCCAAGCGAAGAGCCACUACAACGUGUACGAGCCACUGCUGAAGAGGCUCUCUGCAAGAGGUCAUGAGAUUGUCGCGGUGACGCACUUCCCUCAGAGGACCCGCCUGGCCAACUUCACCGACGUAGAUGUUUCGUCCACUCUGCCGAGCCUGGUCAGCAGCGUACCGUUCAGCGACUUCGGGGAGUUCACGAUUUUGCAGAAUAUUAGAUACGUGACCCGAUACCUCGGCGUGGAAAUUUGCGAGCCCGUGCUGAACCAUCCGAAAGUGAAGAGGAUUAUCGAGACGAGGGAGCGCUUCGACAUGCUCAUCAUUGAGAUUUUUGCCACCGACUGCUUCUUGGGUAUCGCCCAUGCUUUGAGUAUACCCAAAGUAGUUGGCGCCAUCAGCAGCGUCGCGCUACCGUGGUCGAACGAGGUCCUCAGGAAUCCUGAGAAUCCGAGCUACAUCCCUAACUGGUUCAGCCCUUAUACCGGGCGAAUGAGUUUUCUUGAAAGGUCGAUUAAUACGGUGGGUCUACUGAUCACCAAGCUGAUUUAUAGGACAGUUUCCGAUGGGCCGAGUUAUGAGAUCGCGAGAAAGCACUUCGGUUACGAUUUGCCCGACUUCGGUGUCCUCCGGUCCAGGAUAUCGUUGAUCCUGACGAACGGCCAUCCGGCCGUGAGCACGCCGCGUCCUUUCGCGCCUGGAUUUAAGGAAAUCGGAGGUAUUCAUAUUCCGAUAUCAGGCCCGAAGCCACUGCCCGUGGAUCUCCGGGAUUAUCUGGACUCUCACGGCAGGAACGGCGUUAUUUACUUUAGUCUGGGAUCGCAAAUAGACCCGUCCACUAUACCAAGCCAGGUGUUUGCCGCCCUUUACCGGGCAUUCGAGCAAGUACCGCAGCAAAUACUGUGGAAGUGCGCCGAAGGGAGAAUGCCCCCGCUGCCGGGAAACGUUAAGUGCAUCGAAUGGGCGCCACAACUCUCCGUAUUGUGCCACCCGAAUACGCGACUCUUCAUCACUCACGGAGGGUUGCUCGGGUCACAGGAAGCGGUUUACUGUGGGGUGCCGAUCUUAGGAAUACCUCUCUUCGGCGAUCAGCACUUGAACAUGGCCUACUUCGAGGAAAAGGGACUGGCACUGCGGUUGAAUUUCCGACAGCUUUCAUACGAACAGCUAUCAAGUAGCUUAAACGAACUGUUAUCGAACAACAGUUACACGGAAACAGCACGAAAGGCUUCCAUUCAGUUUAGAGAUUAUCUGGUGCCACCACUAGAAGAAGCUGUUUACUGGAUAGAACAUACACUUCGUCACGAUGCGGACGUUUUGAAGACGACAGCGACAGAAUUAACGUGGUACCAGUAUUUACUGCUGGACGUUCCAUUGGAUGAUUGCUCGUACGUUUGGCAAGUUUCUGCCGAGGAGCGUUGCGAGUGGGUGAGCAAUACCGAAGACUGCUACUCGGACUCGAUGAUACAGUACACGAUAUUGCUGUUUUGCUACUUUAAAUCUGAAAACGCAGCGACGUUAGCCGGCGGUUUGAGCCUCGUGCUUUUGUGGCUGUUCUAUUUGUUCCUGAUCUUGGGCAGCACAGCGGAUAAUUUGUAAGUUGAUUUAUGCUGAUGGACGUCUAGCGGACAUGGAAAUGUUUAUAGAUCAUUUCCAGUCGGAAUCUCCGAACAAAAGUAUAUUUAUCUGUGAUUUCACAUUCAUCAAAUCUCGAUCGACCAUUUUGUAUUGCGUAUCAUUCCAGUAUACGAUAUUAUUGCAAGAAAUACAGCUUGACAACACAAUGCGAAGUAAAAUAAAAUUGUGUGUUUUAUUGCUACCGAAAUUGUGGUUUUCAACCAAGUUGAAUUCUGAUGAAAACGGAAUACAGAUGAUUACAUAACUACAACGAAUUUUGACUUCUGGCAGCUAACCAAGCCAAUAACCGAAAGAUUCACGUUUCCCCGUAUUUCAAGCGUCUAGAUUCUAUGGAGCGGUUUCUUCCAAAAUGAUAAACGAACAUUUCCCUAUUUUUCCGCGUUUUACAAAUAUCAGAGCAGAAUGGCAGAUUGCCACGCUGAAGUGUACCCAGUAACGGUAACUGGGAAUCUGGAAAAUCGGAAUUCCCGUCGCAUU